UUAGGAUAUGUAGUUUCUAAGUGACUGGGUGAUUUUUUUGUUAUUUAAAUUUAAUUUAUGUUGUAAUAGUGUUCGUUUCAUGCAUAUUAUUAUACAAAUCUGGAAAGUAAAAAUGGAAACAAAGUACCUGUAAAGAAUGUGCAAACGAGGAAACAUUAAUCUAUAACCUGUAGAUUAGUAAACAAAUAUGAUGCAUUAGAAUGUGUUGAAAUAUUAAAUUUGUAUGGUUUACAAAUUACUCGAGAGGAACCAUGGCUUUAGCUGAUGAUGCUGUGGCAUCGCCACCACAAGCAUUAAAAAGAUAUUGUUUUCAAGAUAGAAUUCGGAAAGAACAAUUACAUCAAAUAGUGAACGAUUUAGAAGAUGACGAAAUCAUUUCUAUAAUUUUUUUAUUUACAACUAUGGAGACGAACGUCUCGAAAACCAUACAAUUACUGAAUAAGGAUGCUUGUGCGGUAUUUCUUGGGUUGCACAGAGAAAGGGACUGGAUGGAAAAAUUAUUAGAGAUCCUGUUAAUUACAGGAAGCAUCAAUAUUUUACUGAAAUUAGGAUUCAAUAAAACAGAAAUUGAUGCAAUGGAAAAAGAGUUUAGUGUAGCCAUACACAAUGUUUCCCACAGGUUGAAUCGUGUGAUAAAAAGUUUAUAUUUUUUGUGCAAUGAACUAACAAAAAGUGAAACAACAAAAUUAAUAAAAAAAAUUGAUGAAUCUGUGCCUAUAAAAAUAGAAAAGGAGAGCGCAUGUUUGGAGCUUUACAUGCUCCACUGGCUUGAAAAACAGUACUUUACAAUUGAUGAAAAGAAUCCAAAAAUGGAGAAUUUUAUUGAAAACCUCAAGAUCACAGGAUGUCUGUGUAACUUGAGAACUGAUUUAAAUUUUGAAUCAUGGGAAAUACCAACUAGUAAAAAUAGCUGUGGGUGGACUAAUCAAAAAUCUGAUAGUACUAACUCUGUACAGAUUCGAAACAGCCCGUCCUCUAAAAAAAAUUCAAAAUGGAAUGAGGAUCACAAAAGAUUUUGUGUCAUCAUCAACAUCACCAAUUUUAAUGAGGGGAAAUUGAAGGGGAAACCCAGAAUUGGUUCUCUAAAAGAUUCUGAAAAUUUAAAGGACACAUUCGAGGGAUGUGGCUUUGAAGUUGAAUCAUUUCAUGAUUUAACAAAAGAGGAAAUGAUGGACCUAUUCGAUCAUUUGAAUGAGUCCAUAAGUGAAGAUUAUGGUUGCAUUUUUAUGUGCAUAUUAAGUCACGGAUAUGAAGGUGAGGUGCUUUUUUCGGACAACAAAGUUGUUUUGAUCAAAACUAUAGAAGAAAAGUUGUGCUGUAAAAAUUUCAAGAACAUGUUAAAAUGCGUUAUACUACAAGCAUGUCAAGGCAAACAAUUGGGUAUAAUAGAUAGCAUCGAAAAUACUCAUGAAUCUGCAGGACUUGUUCCAGAUGGUCCAUCUCAAAGUCCUAUUUAUCACAAUCAUUUUCUAUUAUUUCAAGCAACGAUAGUUGAUUUUUCAGCUUGGAGAGAUGAAGAGAGGGGUACGUGGUUCAUACAGGACAUCUGUAAUGUAAUAAAAGAACACGCUCCCAUUGAAAUUCAGGAGUGGACCAAACAGGUCACUAAACGUGUAAGUUCACGUAGAGGAAAAACAAGUUUGGAAAAUUUGAAAGUUUCACAACUUCCAAGGGUGCAACAAAGUUUGACGGACGAGUAUGUAAUACCAGCUUAUAGAGGACAAAUUUAA